AUGGUCCACCUAGUCACUCUAGCCACCUGUAACCUUAACCAAUGGGCCCUCGACUUUGAGGGUAAUCGUGACCGCAUUAUUGAGUCUAUCCGCCAGGCUAAGGCUCAAGGUGCCAUUUUCCGUACUGGCCCUGAACUUGAAAUCACAGGCUAUGGCUGCUUGGAUCACUUUCUUGAGCCUGAUCUUUACAUGCAUGCCUGGGAAGUCUACCGUGACAUCCUAACAUCUCCAGAGGCUCAAGACAUGCUCAUUGAUGUUGGUAUGCCUGUCUACCAUAAAAAUAUCCGUUACAAUUGCCGAGUGGUUGCUUACAACAAGGAGAUUCUUCUCAUCAGACCUAAACUCUGGAUGGCCAAUGAUGGCAACUACCGUGAACUCCGCUACUUUACUCCCUGGCGUGGCCUUAAUCAGUCCGAAGAUUACUUUUUGCCUAGAGCCAUCCGUGAUGUGACAAAACAAACAACUGUCCCCUUUGGCGAUGUUUGCCUCCGUUCAAACUUCACCUACUUUGGCUUUGAAACUUGUGAAGAACUCUUCACCCCAAACUCCCCCCACAUCAAAAUGGCCCUGGGUGGUGUAGAAAUCUUUACAAACUCUUCCGGAUCCCAUCACGAAUUACGUAAACUUAACACUCGUUUGGAACUUAUUACAGAGGCAACCAAAAAAUGUGGAGGUGUUUACCUUUACUCCAACCAACGUGGCUGCGACGGCGACCGUCUUUACUAUGAUGGCUGCGCACUCAUCAUUGUCAAUGGAGAGGUUGUAGCCCAGGCCGCUCAAUUCGGCCUUAAGGAUGUUGAAACUAUUGUUGCCACGGUGGAUCUUGACACGGUUCGUUCUCACCGCUCUUCCCCCUCUUUUGGCAUGCAAUCCCAAAAUACCCCAGAAGCCUCGCUUAAUACUGUGGUCAAGUACUCUGCCUUUUCCGAUGGAACUAACCUUGAUUACGACCCAACAAUUGUUCCUACACCAACAAGACCAAUCCGAUACCACUCUCCAGAAGAAGAAAUCGCUCUUGGCCCCGCAUGCUGGCUUUGGGACUACCUCAGACGGUGUCGUGCUGCAGGCUUUUUUAUUCCUCUUUCCGGUGGUAUCGACUCAUGUGCAACCUCCGUCAUUGUGCACUCCAUGUGCCGCCUGGUUGCCAAAGAAGCAAAAGAGGGGAACCAACAGGUAAUUGCAGAUGCUCGCAGACUUGCCCGUGUUUCUGAAGAUAAUGAGCCUGACUACUUGCCUACAGAUCCCAAUGAGUUUUGUGCUCGCAUUUUCCAUACCUGCUACAUGGGCUCUGAAAACUCGUCACAAGAAACUCGCGACCGUGCGCGCGAUCUUGCCAAGGCAAUUGGUUCAUAUCAUGUUAACUUUAACAUUGACACAGUCACAACUGCCAUUCGUGUACUUUUUACCACUGUCACAGGGCACACCCCCAAGUUUAAAAUGUUUGGUGGCACACCCACAGAAAACUUGGCACUUCAAAAUAUCCAGGCUCGCAUUCGAAUGGUGCUUGCAUACAUGUUUGCGCAACUUCUCCCCUGGGUCCGAUUCGGUGGUAAUGCUCCCGGUGGUCUUCUUGUUCUUGGGUCAGCCAAUGUUGACGAGUCGUUGCGAGGUUAUCUGACCAAGUAUGAUUGCAGUAGUGCUGAUAUUAACCCCAUUGGUGGCAUUUCUAAACACGAUCUUAAAAAAUUUAUUGCCUAUGCGCGUGAUGCUUUUGAACUUCCAAUUCUAAAUGAGUUCUUGACUGCAACACCCACAGCCGAGCUUGAGCCCAUCACCGAGGACUAUGUCCAAAGCGAUGAAGCCGAUAUGGGAAUGACAUAUGAUGAACUUAGCGUUUUUGGCCGGUUACGCAAGGUCAAAAAGUGUGGACCCUAUAGCAUGUUUUUGAGUUUAUUACACGAGUGGAGCCCGCGCUUGACACCUGCUGAAAUUGCAGUCAAAGUCAAGCGCUUUUUUUACUUUUACGCAAUUAACCGUCAUAAAAUGACAACAAUCACUCCAGCUUAUCAUGCAGAACAGUAUUCUCCUGAUGAUAAUCGAUUUGAUUUGCGCCCGUUUCUUAUUUUGCCUGGAUUCCCCUGGGCUGCCAAAAAAAUUGAUGAAGUGGUUAAACGGUACUCUGAAACUAAACAGGAUUAA